UGCUGUUUGACUGUAUAUUUCAGGUUGGUCCAGAAGAAGUAUCCCCAAGUGAACAGAGAAGCAUGGCGAGUGGGGUUGAAUUUCUCAAGUCUGAGGACAUGAAGCCUUCAUCCAUUGCAGAGUCCUCCUUUGGGAAGGUACUGUUUCAAAACAUCCAGGCUACUUAUACAGCUGACUCUGACAUUGCGGUCUCAUAUGUGCUAACACCUUGUGUGACUGCGAAAUCUUCUGAUCGUGUAGCACUCUACCGAGUAGGCUUUGGGUCACCACAGGAUUACCUCUGUUAUGAAUGGGCUCCAACACCAAGCAAAGAUCACACAACAAACCAGCUGCCUAUAACUGUAGUUUUUAAAGCAAAGUCUUUACCAAAGGAUGCUGGUGAAUUUUUCCAAUUCUGCUAUGUGACACAUGAGGGUCAGAUUGUGGGCGUGUCAACCCCUUUCCAGCUUCACCCUGUGGGGUCCCUGGGGGUGAACAACGUGUGUGGUGUAGAUGAUGGAGAAGAUGGCAUGGUGGUGGUGUGCUCCAAUGAGAGUCUCCUGCAUGACAAAAUCAACAUGUUGUCAAAGGAAAAAGACAGGUUACUCGGAGAAUUUUCAAAUACACGUGAACUCCUAGAGCAGAAGGAGAAGUUGUUGGAAGACAAAACUCAACAGCUCACCAUGUGUCAACACCAUCUGCAGGCCUUGGAGACAAAGAUGAAGAAAGAGUCAAGCGAAAAGUGUGAGCUCAUGGGGCGUGUGGGUCAGGUGGUGGAGGAGAAGGGGCACCUUGAGGACAGAGUGAAGACACUGGAGCGAUCCUUGACCACCUCCACAACUAAGGCAGAGGAGUUGGAGCAAAAACUGCUGACUAUUACCACAGAGAGAAACAAGAUCCAAGAUGAGCUGUUGCAGAUUCGCAAACAAAAGGAACAGCUAGAUCUUGCUCUUCAGGAAGUUAAGCAAGAGCUGACAAGUUAUACUAAGACUACCCAAGUGGAGCUGGAGAAGUUACGUGAAGAGAGGGAUUCUAUGGCAAAAGAACUGGAAUUUUGGACGUCAUCUGCAGCCUCUGACAAGACAGAGAAGAAUUCCCUUGCUCUCAAGGUUUCAACUAUCAAUGAAGAACUGAUCCUAAAGGCAGAGGAACUUGCAAAGUUCAAGAGGACUAAUGAAGAAUUGGAGGCUAAGCUUGCUGAAGCUGUUUUAGAUCUGACACAGACAAAAGAUAACUUGAAGGCUGCUACAGAGGAGCUGGAAGCUGCAGAAGAGGAGAAGAACAUUCAGAAGGAACGACAGAUUGUCAUAUCCCAGGACAAUGAACAGCUGAAGGUUACUAUCGCACAGCUGAAGGAGAGGAUUGAGAGUGCUGAACAGCUUGGGAGUGCUGAGGAUAGUGAGCAGUGCCAACGACGAGAAGCAGCCGAAAGAAUUGCCAGUGACCUCAGCAGCAGGUUGCAAAUGGCCAAGGCAGAGUAUCAGACACUUGCACACACCAAUCUGCGGCUGGUGAAGAAAAUCAAGAAGCUUCGCCAGGCUAUGAACCCUGACAAUGAUCUCGCUAAGAUGUCAGUCAUGGCAGAAUCUGUUUCAUCUCAAGGCAGCUCUUGGCUGCAGGUCAGAGAUGGUGAAGAUGGCAGUGAAGAUAUGAAGGAUUUAGAAGAAGUAGCAGAUAGACCCACAGACCAAGAAGUUGCUUGCAUGUUACAGUCUUGUUCAUCAGCUUUAACGUCAUGCACAAGCUGCUCUCAGUCCACCCAGCAGCUAAGUGAGACCAUGCACCGUAAAAUGGAGGACAUUGUGGUCAGGCUCACUUCUCAGAUUGAGUCCCUAAAAUCCCAGCUGGAAGCCCGUCAGCCUGAAACCAGUUCACGUGACAGAGAUACCGAGCCCGCCUCGGGCUCGGAGCAGCAGUUGGAGUCUCAGCAGCAUGAGGAGGAGCUCCAACAGCAGAAGGAUGAAUCAGGACAGCAAGUAGAAACUGACCGGGUUGAAAGCCCUGUGGAAGCCCAGUCUGUUCAGCAGGAAGAGGAAUCCAGUGAACAAGAACAGCAGCUCCAGAGCAGCCAGAGGUCAUCCGUAGAAAGACAGUCAGGUUGCAGUGUCGAGCAGCAGGUUCUGUAUAGCAACAGCUUCCUGCCAGCUCAACGCACAGCACCUGUAUUCCUUCCAGAACCAGAGAUGCAGAUUGCAUGCUUGCCUCCCCAGGAUGCCAUGGGUGGAAACCUUCGUCCUUCAGCACCUUCCCCAACUCCAUCAAUGUACUCUCUACGGGCUCAAGCACAAGGAGUUGUCAGCUCUCCUCCUCGCACUUCAUUGGUUGUCCCUCAGCCCACACUUGCUUCUCACAAUGCCUCUGGUUCAAAUCUCCCUCCUCCACUGCUGCCAGAGACUACACCUACUGCCCGCCAAGCUGCUGUCAUGAGCCAGUUCACAAGCCAACAGUUAACCAGUGGGCUUGGGCAUGAAUCUGAUGAUGAUGAUUUCCACAGCACGAGCGAUAAUGAUGAGGGCACCUCUUUAUCAGCAUCCCACGAGAAUGGAAAGCUGAUCGAAUGUCCAAUGUGCACCUUGUCCUUCCAAUCUGGCGCCAUACGUCUCCUUGAGGAACACAUUAACUCUCACUUGGAACAUGUUUGUCCAGUAUGUUCUGUGGCUUUCCAGCGAAACAACCAGAAAAAGUUUGAGGAGCAUGUCCAUGCCCAUUUUGAAGGAGAGGACAAUCUUGAAGACUCUAACCCACUUGACGAUCCCACUGGACCAUGGGGACCCCAGUUCAGGGCUGCACGCCUCUUGGAGAUUGACUAAGGGAUUCAACACUUGGCACCAGCAUUAGCUUACAGAUGCAUGGAAAUAGCUCUUUUAUUUCAGGAUUAUUUGUGCUUUAUUCUGGUGAAUAAUGAUAGCAUAUGAAAUUACAUCUCCAUAUCUAUAUAUGAAUGCAAUAGAGGCAUGAAAAUAUGAAGUAAAGAUCACAAUAUAAGGUAGAUUUAAUUAUUACAAUUACCUUCCAUGUAGAUGGUAACCAUGUCUUAGUUUGGAUUCUUGUAUUUAGACCCAAUAACAUUAUUGGGACUUUGGUGAAUGAUUUUUAAGAACCCCCUGUUGUUCUUCACAUCUCAACUCGCAAAAAGAUGGUUGCUAAAUGUCAAUUAGUAGAGGGUGGCUUGAAAUCAGAUUUUAUGUUUCAGUGAAAUUUUUUAUAUAAGUUUUAUUUGGUUAUGUGUAAAACCAAGGGCCAACUUUUGUGAUAUAAUAAGCUUUAAAGGAAAAUUAGAUAACAAUUCUAAAAAGAAAGAAAACAAAAAACAAGUACACAUUAUUUUUAUCAGUCUUGACAAUGCUAAGCUGUCCAAAUAUAUCUUUGAAAUACACAAGCAAUAUUCUUUCAGCAAAAUACUAAAAUAUAUUGUCUAUCCUUUCCAGUUUUGCAUUAUGAUUAUUAUUAUUGUGUUUUUUUUUUUUUUUUUUUUUUUUUUUUUUUUUGUUUUGUUUUUUUUUUUGUUUACCAAUUAUAUUUAUUUGUUAUUUCUCAUCAAGUUAUCAACUAAAUUUUAUAUUGUGUUAUAUUCUACUUUUCAUUCUCCUCUCCUCUUUUUCCCAAGUUAGCCAAUUGCCAGUUUAUGUAUGCUGCUGAGAAAAUGGGAAGACUUAGAAAUUGGACUUUAUGCAGUAAUAACAUAAGGGCAAGAAAUGUUUUCCUUGGGAAUUUGGUUAGUUUAGCUACAGAGGUUGAAGAUUGUCAGAACAGUCGUACGUGCAUUAACGCAAUGCCAACAGGUGACUUCCCUAUACACAAGCCCUUUCUCCCGGGUUGUAUUGGUAGUGGCCUGGGCCCCACUGCCGGGGACUUGUGUCGUCACGCCAGUAUUCAUGGUAUGACCAUAUGUGCCCCCGGAGAAUGGGAUGGUUGCACCAUGGCAUGUAUGCGCAUGCCACCCAGAAUACAAUCCAGGCAUGCCAUGGAAUGUACAUAAAUGGAACCCGGUGGCUGAGGGUUAAUGGGCUCUGAUUAAAAGACUAGAAACGUGCGGAAUGCACCUGGGAGGCGACUGUUUUGGUUCCUUGUUUAGUAUAAUGCAUUUAUUAGCCAGUCCUUGAUAAAAUUAUCCUUAGAGGUUAAUUCUUUUGAUUGUGUUGAAAAUGAAAAGAAUAGAAAUUAUAUAUUCUCACUGUAAUGAAAAAAAGCCAAGUUCAAGACUCUAUUAAUAAACAUUUAUGAUGAAUGGAUUGACUUGGUCAUAUUGUUGCAAUGAUUCCUUGUUGGUAGUAACUAUAGGUUAACUUCUGACAGUAACAGGAAUAGAAAAUAUUCUAUUAAGACUACAGGAAAUAUAUCCAGUAUAUAAUUAAUUUGUUAAGUGGUUUAGUUGCAAUAAUUAACUAAAUAUAAAAAAGAAAAAACACUUCAUUCUAACACUUGUCAGGUUCACAGCUAUAAACAGGCCACCUUAUUGUAAGACACGCAUUGCAAUAAGAAUGAUUUUUAUUUAUGUACAAUAGAUAUGAACAAGUGUUUCUUAUUUUUUCAGUUAUUUAAAGCAAGGAGAUUGAUAAUAGAAAAUUAUCUGCCUCAUUAUAUAGCAUCUUAAAAUAUUUAAAUUAAUGCAGUAACAUGAUGUUUACAAUAUAGGGUUUCUCUAAUUUGUGCUGAUCAACACUCAUUUCUCUCUCUCUCUCUCUCUCUCUCUCUCUCUCUCUCUCUCUCUCUCUCUCUCUCUCUCUCUCUCUCUCUCUCUCUCUCUCUCUCUCUCUCUCUCUCUCUCUACAUAUAUACAUAGAGAUAUGUAACAUAUGAUAUUGAUUUUUUUCCUUUCUCCUUCAUUGUAAUGGGUGGCCCAAAUUGAAGGGAAGGUGAGUUUUAUAGUAUAUAUGUAAAAUGAAAAUUGGCAUUUAUUCAUAACUUGAUAGUUACUCAUUGGUGCAGUUAUAUAGAUAUGUAUGUGUGUGAUUAUAUGUGUUUAUACUCAUAUAUAUAUAUAUAUAUAUAUAUUUGUAUUUAUAUUUAUGUUUAUGUUUAUGUUUAUGUUUAUGUUUAUGUUUAUAUUUAUAUUUAUAUUUAUAUUUAUAUUUAUAUUUAUAUUUAUAUUUAUAUUUAUAUUUAUAUUUAUAUUUAUAUUUAUAUUUAUAUUUAUAUUUAUAUUUAUAUUUAUAUUUAUAUUUAUAUUUAUAUUUAUAUUUAUAUUUAUAUUUAUAUUUAUAUUUAUGCACAUACAUACUUAUAUGUAAUGAAUAGUCAUUAGAUUAGUAUAAAAUAACUGAAAAAAUCCAUUUUAUAUAAAAGCAGUAUUAUCAGAAGGGAAGCAUUAUUAAUACUAAGUGUUGGAUCUCAAAAAUGAAAAAGAAAAAAGAAAAUUGUUCGAGUUUUAGUGUUCAAGGAAUUUAUAUGAAAUUAAUGUUUAAAUGAUUCAGUUCUGAAAGUGUAAGUCUCACUUGUUAAAGUAUCAAGUCUUUUUAUUUUUAUUUUAGAUGGCAGUUUUAGUAAUUCCCAAGUAUUGUUUUGAGGUUCAUUAUUAGUUGUAUUGGCUAUUGUGCAUGGGACAAUAGUGUUGCCAGUUACAGUAAUGAUCCGAAACCUUGCACGUGUCAGUCCACGCACUCAUGGUUCUUAUUUGUCCUUGUGUAUUUAUGAAUACAAAUAAAGUGAACCUGAUA